AUGGAAGAAAACCAUCAAUGGAUUCAAGCGCUUGAAGAUUUCAAUCGUAGAAUUUCUCAGCCUUGUGCAGCAUCAAGCCUUUCAUACCAAGAGACUAACAUAAUACAUGACCCUCAACACCAAUCACUUGAUGCUAUGCAGCUAGAUUGGCCUCAUCUCAGCUCAGGCUCGCCUGCCAGCGAAGCUGACCCGAACUUUGAUAUCGAUGGCUUCCUACAGGAAUCAUACAACAUCCUAGGACUCAGCCCUGGAGAAGAGGUCAUUCAUAACGCAGGCUCUCAAAACCCUAUGGCCCUAACGGGAUUCAACUCUGCUACUCUUAAUCAGACUCCUGAGUCAGAGUAUAGCGGACCGGGCGAAACCGUUCUAGCAAUACCUCAGUCAGCCCAAACUUUGAAACCAUUGAAAGUGGUCCAGCGAAAACAGAGAAAAUACCGCGAAGGUACUAGGUACCAAGCUAAGACAUGGAAUGAGGAGCCGUACUCGAAAGUCUUUCGUCUUGAGAAGCAGAAGAAACGUUCCCGUACAAGCCUUGCCUCCCAUGUUCUCGGUCCAAAAAGAGGUGCAGCUAUAAUUCUGAGAAUCCAGGGGAGUGUUGCGCAAGAUGCCAGCGACUAG